GAGAAGGAGCGCUGAGCGACGCUCUCCGGCUCCCACUCUCCGGGCUUUCAUUCGGUUUUCCACCGAGCUCAGCAGAAUUUUUGAAGAGCAGGGAAAGUUACGAAGUCGUGUGCCGAGUGUUUACAGCGUCCUGCACGAUGCAGCGGGCGCUUGGAAAGCGAGACACUUAAUGCCCAGCACUUUCAUGCUGUCAUUUUCCGAUAGUGCCGAGAGAGAGAGGUGCAGGCACUAUCCCGUGCCUCUUCUAUCACCUCCUCCUUAUUGUCACAGCCUGUUUAUUUUACCCAUUUUUCUUUUCCUUUUUCGUGGAGCCAGCCCUGAAACCCGUUACUCAGGAAAACCUCUCAAUGACUUGGGAUGAUGUUUUCCCGCGGUGAACAUGUCUGCACGUGUGUGGAUCCCUGAUGGUUCAGUUUUACAAUGAGCGUGCAUUCUCGGUACAGAAUUCGGUACUGUAGUCACAGCGCUGGAAACUUGGCUUUCUGCAGCGGGACGCCCUCCACCCUCGUUGACAGCUGCCUCCCAGAGCAGAAGGGGUGUGCACUGAGGAUGGACAUUAAUGGAGUUUCCACAAUGGAGAAGAGGGAAGGUGGCAAUCAUGCCAUUGAUCAGAAUGCAGGUCAGAACAUCGUACUGAGAAGAGACACAGGAAACCUUAACUACUUGAAUGUGGAUAUGCAGGUUGCCAACCCAUCAGAAGCAGCUUCACUUUUUGAUUUACAUCAAGCACACCAUUUUGGUGAGUUUGAACACUCUUCAGAACAGCACUGCAAGCAGGAUCUGUUCCCUGAGUGGCACUUGCCAAUGAAGAUAGCAUCUGUGAUCUCACUGUUAGCAUUUAUUUACACUUCUAUGAGAGAUGUCAUAUAUCCUUUUAUAACCAGAAAGGAAAAUGUUUUCUAUAAAAUUCCAAUCCUUGUCAUAAACAAAGUUUUACCAGUGACUUCAAUUACCCUUUUAGCGCUAGUGUAUUUACCAGGAAUAUUAGCUGCUGGUUUCCAGCUCUACUUUGGCACCAAGUAUAAAAGGUUUCCCCAGUGGCUGGAUAGAUGGAUGUUAUCAAGGAAACAAUUUGGACUUCUCAGUUUCUUCUUCGCUACAUUGCACGCCUGCUAUAGCCUGUGCUAUCCAAUGAGAAGAUCAUACAGAUACAAGCUGCUGAACUGGGCGUUCCAGCAGGUCAAACAAAAAAAAGAAAAUGCCUGGAUUGAACAUGAUGUUUGGAGAAUGGAGAUUUAUGUGUCUCUAGGAAUUCUGGGACUUGCUUUGCUGGCCCUGUUGGCAAUAACAUCAAUUCCAUCUGUCAGUCACUCUUUGACUUGGAGAGAGUUCCACUACAUUCAGAGCAAGAUGGGAUAUUUAGCCCUGCUGCUAUGCACUGUUCAUGCACUGGUGUUUGCUUGGAAUAAGUGGGUUGAUGCUAAACAAUUCAUCUGGUAUACGCCACCUUCAUUUAUGGUUGCGGUUUUUCUUCCUAUUGUGGUUCUGCUUUGUAAAUGCUUACUGCUCCUCCCAUGUUUUAGGAAGAGGAUAAGAAAGAUCAGAAGUGGUUGGGAAGCUAACACAGAAGCCAAUCAAACCAGCAUAACUUCCAGACUGUAGAUCAAAUAUGGACAUUUCCUGUCUACGCAUGUAAAUAUGCUCAAGGCCAUGAAAUUUUCACUCAUGAGCUCUGUUUUCACAUUUGCUAUAGAUGUUUAUUUUUCACUUUUCUUUUUGACUUCAGGAGUAUGAGAUAUUUGAUGCAAUUUUGUAGUUUUCGAAGACAGAAACAAAAACAUUUAUUUUACACUUUAGUCUAUUCAGUGUUUCGGUAUUUGAUGAUUUCUUUCUUCUGACUAACUGCUUUUAAAAUCCAAGUGUUUCAUUGUCUCAAUCCCAAUUCUUUUGUAGGCAAAAGCAAUCAUAAAUCAUUUCUCCAGAUGACCACAGAAAAUAAAAAAAUGAUUACACCACAGAGCUCAAGAAUGCUUUCUGCUUUGCAUAGCCAUGUGUGUACCUUCAUUAAAUCUCAGAAUUAUAAUAGGACAAAAACUAGAGUAUUUAUCAUCCUGUUCCCUCUGAGCACCUGCAGCCUAUGUUUCACUCCGCAGAAUAGGGACCUUGGCAUAUGAGCCCGACAGAAACUGUAUUCCCGCCAGGUCUUGAAUGUACACAACUGGGCAAGCAGAAUUACAGGGAUCUUUACAAGGUAAAUAUUUCCCAAGGCUUGGGCACAGUCUAAAAAAAGAGUUCUUAGACUCAGAUCUCUAUCUUAUCCAGGACUAGGUGUGUCUCUGUUUGUUGGAAUGACAAAACAUUUCCCAUUUUUUAUUCCACAAACACCUUCUUUUGUUUCUGAUGCUGGAAAUUUUCCAUGCUUUUGACCUAAGCCUGCAGCCCUUGACAUGUGCUAAACUUUAUUUGCCCAAAUUAUUCCAGUGGGAUAACUCCAUCAGGUAAAUGUGUUUUAUUGUUUACUCUAGAGCCAGCACAAUUGUGUGACUGGAAGAAAAACAAUAAAAAUAGACAUUUGAAUCUUGCCACCAAUUUGGUGAAAUGCUCAUGUAAAAUGGUUUCCAAAUGCAUUUGCUUUUACAGAAAUUUUCAUUAUAACUUUAAUAAGAUCAUUAAAUCCUACUUUCCUUAUGUUGCAUAGGUCUGGCUGGAUGUUUUAAAUGAGUAAUUCAUUUGUUAGUAUCUGUUUUGAAAUAUGUUAUUUGGUAGUUAAUAUUUUCACCCCACAUCAGGAACAUCUCUGCCAGUCUGCCUGCAGGAGUUGACUAGGACAUGGACUGUUGAUGCCACCUAUUGCUGGAAUCAUCUGAAUGAGAAUUGUAAUUGGUAAUGGCUCUGGUAUUACAACAAACAGGAAAACAACAUAGGCCUAAAAAAAAUAUGUAAUACAUGGUGCUAAUGAAUCUGUUGUCCCUUUCUGGAGUUUUACACUGCGCAUAAAUAACAGACAAAGUAAAUAGCUACAGGGAUAUUACAUUUUAUAUUUUCCUGGUUGUUACUGUUAAACUAUUGCAACUUAAAAGUUGGCCUCUUUAUUUGCCCAUAAUGUAGCACUGUGAACGUAACUGGGAGCAUGGUGGCCUGUAUAAUAUAGAUUGAAAUCUGUACCAUUAUGUUUCAAACCAGUAAUGCAUGGCAGAGGCCAAAACCCUACAAUACAGAAGCUGGACAGCAAUGUUAGUCUAAGCACUUUCUAACAGAGCAGGAAAAGUAUGGCUCUCAAUGCAUUUGCAUUUACAUUUCUAUGAAUGAAAUAAAUCUUUUGUAAGUCAUAAGCUCUAUGCACUUAUUACAGAAGAUAGUGCAAGAUAGCAUAACUUUAUUCAUUUCUACCUGUUAAUAUGGGUUGAAUUCCUAACAUAAAUUACAGGGGCAAACCAAUUCCAAGAUCAUCACAUACUAUCCAAACUGACCUUUUAUGCUCAUCAUUCAGCUGGGGACAUUAAGCACACUUCAGACUUUUCUCUCUGACAUUGCCCAGAGGCAAAUCCAGAAGUGUCUUCUACAGAUGAAAUUUGCAUACAGUCUACAAAAGCUAUUCCAAAAAUCACACAUAACAUCCAAACAUUCAAGCACAUUUUUCCUCACUGAUUGUUUCAAGUACGAGCCAGGUUUUCUGUCACAUCUAGCCAUUUUUCUGGAAGCUACCAUUGAAUGCUUAUAGCCAGAAUUUGAGACUUCAUAUUGACUCUCUUCCCUGCUUUUAAGUCUUUAGUAAACUACAUCUUAGUAACUCACUUCCCAGUCUGUAGGCUGCCCAGGGAAAUAGUUGACUCACUGCCCCUGGAGGUAUUUAAAAGACAUGUAGAUGUCUUUCAUGCUUAGGGACAUGAUUUAGUGGUAGGCUUGGCAGUGUUAGAUUUAUGGUUGGACUCAAUGUAAAUGAUUCUAUGCACUAUAAGGCAUUCAGAUACAACAGUGACAGAGGAGGGUCAUGCAAGGUCUGUAUGGGGCUAAGAAGAAAAUGCCAUUGACAGUAUUUAAUUUCUCCCUUUGUAGCAGAUCUGAUUUAGUUCAACACUAAUGAAACUAAGUUCAUAUGUACCUUUUAAUUUAUGUUUAUGUACCUAUUUCAAAAUUCAGUGUAUUAAUAGGCCUAUAUAUAUUAUUAUAAUACAUUAAUUGAAUGUGUGUGCACAUUUUAGGCACUUACUCGUAUAACACUAAUUAGUUUUAUAAAACUGUUCAUCAUUAAAUGCUUCAAUGUAUGCUGUGUCUGUCAUUGUGUCAUAUACAUCCAGGAUAAAACAGUAAAAAGGCACAAUAGACUCUAGAAGAGCUGCUGAUAGGAGCAGUCAAGAGGAACCAUUCUCUCCAUGCUGGUGAAGAGCCUGGAGCCUCCAAAGGAAAGAAAGCAAAGAUGUGAAUGCAAAAUUACACUUUCAUAGUGUAAUGAAGUUACAUUUUUCCUGACAAAACCUUUAACUGACUGCCUGUAUAUUCUAGCAUUUAGAGGAGGUUUGUGAGAAGGAAGAGAAGGCUUUGGAGGGAGACCCAAAAUCUCUGGAAAUACUGAUAAAGACCAAGAAAAGUUCAAGAAUAGCAAGGGCAUUGAGGAGAGGCAUGUAUAGGCAUACUUUUGGGUAAGAAUCCAUCAUUCUAGUAGCAGUGGCUUUAAAAUGCCUCUACAAGGCCUGCAAAGUACAUUUUUCUGUUGUUAUAUGUCUCCAAUGUAUUUGAGAGACACAGAAUUGAAACUCUGAAGAUACAAGUUGUUAAAGGGGCCUGAGGAGUUUUAUGCCAAAUUCAUUUGGAGAGGUCAUAUCCAGAAUACUCUUCCCAAAAAGUCAUAGCAACAAUCAUUGCUCAGGAAGCUAGAGCCAGGGCUGUGUUGGCUAUUGUGCAAUGCAAAUUCCUGUUGAGAGCACCAUUUACUGUAAGCAGUCCCUCCCUUUGGCCACUCUUCUCUGUUCUCUGAGUUCUGCAAGUCUUUAAAGAUGUGAACUUCAUCAGAGUAGGGUGUUGGAUCCAGUUGAAAGGUGAUGGAGAGAGAAAAAUGAUUCAGCCAGAUCCAUUCAUGGGUCUGAUUAACCUGACAGCCAUGCACAGAUGUCAGUAGGAAGGACGGGAAUAGGAAUGGUAUAAACAGGCAGCUUAGCUUAUCUUAAACCAGCCCUAAAUGCAAAGUUCCAAGUGCUCCUAAAAGUUAAAACUUAGAUUAUUUCAUCCUAUUUCAGUAGCAAGAUUAUUCCUUUGCUUCAUUUGUCAUAUUCUUAGUUUUCCAUGAAUCAGCAGGCAAAAAUGUGUUCUAGAAACUGUCAUCAAAACCCGUAUAAAACUGACUGGCCUCUACGUGACUGUGGGCUCUGUGGUUUCAUUUGUAGAGAUGAUGAUCUCACAUCUCCUCUUUCCAUAGUUUCUAGUACUGUCCCUUGACAACACAAAAUGGUUUGUGUUGUCAAAAAAAACAUUUUUGAAAUUCAAACUAAUUUCUUUUAAACUGAUUCUCUUUAAGUGGCAUGAAAGGAAUAAAAACAAAAUGACCAAUUUUUGAAAACACACUGAAUCUACCCCAGAAGAAUGUAAUCUGCUGUAGUUGCUGUAAGCGUCUGGCAAUGGCUGAUCAUUGCCACUGUUUUUUUCAGUGGUGCCAGGAUUUCUUGAUCCCAUGAGCCUAUUCUGUUGCUGAUGGCAAAAUUACUUUUCUUAUUCUUUUAUUAAAACAAGUCUCAUUGAAUUCAGUUGCAUCAGGGUUCAAUUUUUGUAUUAUUUUUUAAACUUUUCUGUAGAUUGAGUUUAAUAUUUGAAUGGGUGUAGUGAGGCUAAUUUAUUAAGUAGCCCUAAUAAUUUUUCAGAGAUUUUCAACUGAAAAUACAUAAAACCAAUCCAUGAACCAAACUCUAUAAACAUAAAAAAGACUACAGCUACUUUCAAUAACGAUGAUACAACAGAAGAUAGAGUUGUUUUGUAUUUUGGGGGGUUUUUAAAUGUGUAUUUAAUCUUCAUAGCAUGAAAGUAUAUUGCUGAGAUAAACAUGCUAUGUCUUUGACUUGGUUAAAGAUGCGUAGUCUCUGUGGGACCUGUAGAAUACUACCACUGCUACUGAUAGAAGUAUUUAGUCCUUAAAUUUCAUCUUUUAGGGCUAACUAUUAAAAAAGAAGCAAGGCAGAGGUAGGGCGUUUUGAACUGAAUGGUCAAAUUUGUAGUUUUCAGUCAUGUGCAGUCUUUAUAUACAUGCUUACACUUCAUUGUUGAAUGUACUCUACUGAAAAAGAAUUUUCCAUAUGAAUAUCUCCAUUACUUGGAAUGCUGAGAAGUAUCUUAUUGCUGGACUUAAAUUAAUGGCCAUAUAACCCACCUCUAAUUAUUUCUCUGCUUUAUUUUUUCAGUCCUGUGACUCAUAUAUAACUGAAUGGCUCUUCUCUCUUGCAUGUACCUGUGCAUGUACCAGAAUAACUUCUGAACAGUGCAUCUCAUUCAUUGAAAAAUAUUCUAAGUAUCUAACAGGAAAUCCUUAAAAAGAAAACAAACAAGAAGCUGGAACUGGAAAAAAACAAGCCACUUUCAGAGUUCCUCAAGUAUCUCUGCAACUUUAGUUUAGAAAUCUAACAAUGGGUAGAUGUCGCCCGUAAUUAAAAUAACGAUGGCUUUCCCCCUUCUAAUUUGCAAUAGAUUUUGUACAUUCACAAGGAUAUGAACAUCUUUAAUUAUUUAUUCCCUGAUAAUUAAUGAUGGACCAAAGGGUAUUCUGGGGCUAUGAAGCUAUGCAGAGAGGCAUCAACAUGGAAUCAGAAGGAACAGGACAAAUGGAGAUCUGUGAAAAAAAGGGAAGGAGACACUGCAAGCACUUAGAUUUUCUUAAGAGAGGAAGGAGUAUAGGAGUUCAAUGGAUGUUAAAGGGUAAAAAUAAGUAGGUGGAGGAUGCUGAAUGAGAUGAAUGAACAUCAUCAAGUUAGUAGGGAACAGAAAUCCAUAGUAAGGGAGAUGGGAAAAAUGGAGGACAACCGAAUGACUGGUGGGAGAGUCUGAAAACACUGAAGUGAAUCCUUGAAACAGAGGGGAUGGGAGGGUUGGUUAUCCACAUGGAGCUGGGGAAUGGAAAGAAUAAAUACAAAGAGCCCAGGUAUACACAGAGUUUGACCUGCAGAACCUAUUAAGUUGCAAACAUUUUUCCAACCCUGAAAUACUGUUUGAGGCAUUUCUGGGGAAAUCCGUUCAAAAUCCAGUGAUAUAGAAGAGCACCAGCAAGGUUGUAAGUGGUUCAGUGACACACUGUUUCUGAAGUUUGGGGAAUGAGUCAUAGAUAUUGUUCCACUUUUCAUAACAAUCUAUAUAUAAAGUGAAUUAUUUUCAAAUAGCAGACGUUGCUGUUUUAUUUCCUGGUAAAGUGUACAUCACGUGCUGAACGAAGGAAAACUUCUAUGUAAGACACAAUGAAACUAAACCACUCUUAAAUGUUACGCAAAAUAAGGAACCAACUGAAACCAGCUUUAGAUGAUACAUUACACUAUAUUCAGAAAAUCCCUAAGAACUUUGGUUUAAUUCUUGUACUGAUACCACUAUUCUACUUCAAGUAUUAAAUCAUACCAUUUAGUUCUUGUGGAGACAGAAUUCCCAGUGAAACCAAUGGGACUUCUACUUAGCUAUUUAGAGCAACGUUUAUCACUGUCUUCACUGUCUUUAAUGCAAUUACCAAUAACUUGUUCACCUCCUCCAGUGUUUGGAUGGACUAUUGUGCCAUGUACCUUCCAUCAAGGCAGCCUUAUCAAGAGAACAGCAAUUAAAUGCAUUACCAUUCUUUAUUAUCAGCCUGGCCUGAAGCACUCCAUCUGGGGGUUUUGUUCCUGGUGUUGAAUACCCUUUUGUGGGUAAAACAUCUUCUCUUUUGCAUACUUUUGCUAUUAAUAACAACUGCCAUUGUUA